CCAGGUAUUUUGUGAAAUAUUCUGACGUAAAAAUUAUGUAAUUAGUUUUGACGAAAGGUUAACAAUAAUUUUGCCACCGCGCGCACGUUUGCUGCUACAGGAGCGAAAUAAGUAACCCCAUUUGGCGGGGUACGCAUGAAGUUGAGGCAUGGCGUGAAGUAAAGAGUGACGAAGUGCGAGAAACAAGGUCGAGGAAACGAGAGAGGUAAAGAGAGAGGAGAGAGAGAGAGAGAGAGAGAAAGGUGAAGGAUGGCGGGAGGGUACGAAGAGUGCCUUGAGUGGUCUAGUGGAGUAGCGCGAGGAAGAGUGUGCAAGGGCCAAGAGAAAAGGGAUAGUAAGGGAGGUGCGCCUGGGGAGUCGAGGGUCGGGAUGAUGCCUCUGGUUCCUUCACUUUCUGCGCUCCUUUUGCUCCUUCUUCCUUCCUUCCUUCCUUCCUUCCUUCGAUUUCCCUUCCGUCCUCCGUUAUAGCUCUCCCUCCUUUUCUCUAUCGUAUCCUUUCGCGGGGGGGGGAACACCCACCCUCGAUGCAGGGGGCGGUAGAAUGUCUGCCGGUGCACUAAGCUCGCCUGGAUUCUUCAUGGCGAUGCUCUGGAGACCGGAAACCGCGUGCGAGAUUCGCGACAUGUGCAGGGCCGUUCCGUGCAUUUGCAAUAAGUUUCGCGGUCUUUUUCUUCGCGUUUUUGUUUCCCCGAUUGUUUGUUGCGCUGAAUCUAGAUUGCAAGGCGAAAUUGCGUCUCGCGCGUGGAGCAAAGUAUAUGGUCGCUAGACUAACGCCAAUGAAUAAUUUAUCAUUCGGAUAUCGCUUGUCUUCUUAUGCAUCAUUAUUAUACUAAAAUUAGCGUGGAAUACAUAAUACAUAAUGCACUUUAGACUUUUGACUUUUUGACGCGAUCAAUUAUUUAUUGUGUUAUUAUUAUGAAAUCUUCGAAAGACGUUAUUUAAUAUUCGAUGAUGUUAAAUCUGUUCUGUUUGCAAUAGAGUUUCUGGGGAUGUGACUCUUACAAUCUUCUAUUACAAUACAUAUAUUUUGAAAUUGUUAGGCGAGUGUACCUUGCGUGAAAAGCUUCCGGAUUUUCCUGAUAACGGUUUCAGUGGAACAUGGCUACAUACGCCCGCACAUAUAGUAAUAUAUACGGUUAAGAGACGUACAUGUACCGUAAUAGCCAGUUUCGUAUUAGGGGAAGUUCGCCUAACGCCGGACGGCACCUAUUGCCGGACACAACAAAUAUCUAUACAUAUAGAAACGCGACAGAAAACGCUAUAGUGGCAAAAGGAGAAAGGGAGGGAGUAAUAACCUUGGACCUAGCGACACGCUUUUGCGACACGCAGUAAACAAAUAGGAACUAUCAAUCGUUGCGCUCGGAAGAAAAAAAUUGUACUGCGUAAAUUUUAGAAGAGUAUAUUAUCAAAACUCUUGUGAUUAAAUAUUGACUUAUAUUUUUAUUAAGUAAUUUGAAAAACCUAGGAGGCAUUAUGGAGAAUAAAAAGAAAGGAUCAUGGGAUAAGGAUAAUUUGAAAACUGCUCUUGAUAAAGUUUUGUCAAAAAAAAUGGGACUGAGAGAAGCUGCGCUAAAGUAUAGUAUUCCUAAAAGCACUUUACAUGACAAAAUAACCUGCCUAAAGUCCGGUGAAGAAAUUGCAUUGCAGCCUAAGCUUGGUAGAUUCACCAAAACAUUCCUACCAGAAUAUGAAGAACAAUUAUUGAACCAUGUAAAAGACUUAUCUAAUCGAUGUUUGCCACUUAUGAAAAAAGAAUUUUUAAAGUUGGCAUAUGACUUAGCUGUAGAGCUAAAGCUUCCUCAUCGCUUCAACACUGAAAAAAGAACAGCUGGUAAACAUUUUUACUAUGAUUUUAUGGCUAGACAUCCUGAUUUAUCACUAAGAACACCCGAGUCUACGAGUAUGAUGCGAGCUGUAGGUUUUAAUAAGCCGCAGGUAGAUUUGUUCUUCUCAAAUCUUGAAAAACUCAUGAAUCAAUAUAAUUUUCCUCCUUCUAACAAAAGAAACAAAGCACCGAAAACAAACAGCAGUGGCACAUUUAUCCGGGCCUGAAGCUAAUUACCUUGAAGGGUUCUUGGUUAUGAGAAAACGCGAAAUCUUUUUUCUAGUUUGUCAUACACUUCUUUUAAGUCCGGUUAUUAAUGCAUCAAAUAAUAUGUUUGUGUCUUCUAUACGAAACUUAUUCUUGCCCUUUGGUAAAUCUGUGCCUCUUUUGCCGUCUGAAAAAUUUUUUGUUUUAUUUUUUUAUUUUUUAGCUUGUGUGGAUAUCUCUGAGUGUUUUGCUAACUAUAUUUGUGAUCGGUACCUAUUAUUUUAAAGUUGUUCGGCGUUAGGGGACUUACUUUUAUUGUGUCCGGUAUUAGGGGCCAGUUUAUGUUUCACUAAAAUCAUAAAUCAAAGAUUAACUGUGAUUUAAGAUAAUUGUUCUGACAAAGUUGAUUAUUUUGUUCUUUUAUCUUGAUUUCUAAUAUGUUAACUUGUAAUAAAUACAAUAUAAAAAAUAUAUAACGAAA